AUGGUAUUAUCAGAUAAAAUCCCCGACUGGCCGUUCAGUCUGUGGCUGACCGUUGGAGUUCUGGCCACGGCUGGCUGGCUCGCCAAAUGCAUCUAUCGCCUCUACAUCCAUCCCCUAUCCGGGAUCCCUGGCCCCCGUCUCGCCGCCUGCUCUUCGCUAUGGCUCGCCUGGCAUACCAUGAUCGGGGACGAGUGCACCACCAUCUUCCAGCUGCAUAAGCAGUACGGACCGGUGUUACGCGUCGGGCCGAACGACGUCGAUAUCGCCGACGGUGAUGCUGUCGACCCCAUCUACUUGGAACGCGGAGGAUUCCAGAAGACCCAGGCAUACUCCAAGUUCGAUAUUGACGGCCAUCCGACCAUCUUCUCGACACAGACGCUCGCUGAACGCGCCAACCGCGCCAAAGCAGUAGUGCCGCUCUUCUCAACUGCUUCGAUCCGUAACUCGCAACAUGUGCUCGGACGGGUCGUGGACGAGUUUGUGGCCCGGUUGCAGAGCGAGGCGCGCAAGGGGAAACCAGUCAACGUUCUGAACCUCUCGCGGGCCAUGGCCAUCGAUGCAGUAACUGCGUACCUGUUCCAUGAGCAGUAUGGAGGUAUCGGCGAAGACACAUCCCACAUGUCGGCAUCGCCGUUCGUCGAUGCCUACGUCGGCGUGGGUGCUUUUUUCAACUUCCUCCCCGGUCGUCUCGGAGACUUGUUGAUGCCACUUAUCGAUAUGAUCAUGUCAGACCCCGAGACAACCCGCUCUAUGAGCCUCGUCGAUCAGUAUACUGGCCACAUUUCCAAAACUGCAUCUCCGGCUAGCGGAAGUUAUGCGAGUCGCCUUCUGGCACGAUCAGUGCCCCAGGACCAAGUCCAGGUUGAGUUGAAGGAUGUGUGCUUCGCUGGUACCGACUCAACGAGUAUCAACAUGGCCACCAUCUUGUGGAAUUUGUCCAAGUAUCCCGAAAUAUAUUCCAACCUUCGAGAGGAAGUACUCGACCGGACAGCCAAAGACGAGGAUCCCAUGGCUGGUCCAUACCUCCGCGGUGUCGUUCGGGAGGGCUUGAGGCUAUCCAUGGCCAACCCAAUCCGCCUCCCGCGCCUCGUCCCCGAGGGUGGCUGGCGAUACCGCGACUACUUCUUUCCAGCUGGUACCAGUGUUGGCGUUGCAUCCUUCCAACUACAUCAGGAUGAGGACGUCUUCCCCGAUGCUCAGCGGUUCUCGCCGGAGCGGUGGCUGGAGCCGACGGACCGGAUGCUAACCCAUUUCUUUGCCUUUGGUAAAGGAAAUCGCGCCUGUAUCGCGCAGAAUCUUGGCACCACUGAGUUGACACUCGCCACCACCAAGGUAGUACAGGCAGACUUGCUCAAGGGAGCUAGUGCUGUUCAGGAUCGAGUUGAGAUCUUGGAAUGGUUCAAUUCUCGAGUCAAGGGAGAGCAGAUACUUGUUCAGUUUGACGCAAAAGCGCAAUAA